AUGGUUUCUCUUUCUUACUCUGCACCAGCUCCUUCUUCCCACGAUCCCAUCUUUCUUCGCACCCACUUCCUCGGCCGUGUUGCUUCUGACGGUGAGGGCCUCGAAUACCAGCAUGAGCUCCUCAAACAUCGCAGCAGCCGUCACAGCGAUCUCUAUCGAUGCGAUUCCCAUUGGCUUGCUUCUCUCACUCACUCUAUGAGCUAUGACAGCGAUGACUCCAGCGACACUGACCAACAUGUUCUCCACCCGAGACCAGCUCAGAACAAGUCCAACUCCCCUCAGCACCCUCGCAGCCGAUCUUCCUCCACCCUUCCGCUCUCCAUCACCACCAUCCAACCUCUCGGAAUCGCUCGCCCUCGCUCCAUGACUGCACCUCUCACAUCUUCCUCCACCCCUUCUCUCCAGACCCGCACUCUGCGAAAGAACCGCUCCGUUAUCGGUGACGAGUUCAAACUCAUCCCAGCACGUCCUCUCACCAUCGACACCGCCCAGCCUCUCCGUCUCUCUUCGCAGAACCUUUCCGCACUGUCCGCCCAAAACUCUCUCACUCUCAAUAUGCCUUGGCCAACGGCAGCAGUCCCAUUCUCAAAGACGAGCAGCCCACCCCUCGUUCCCAUCCAGUGUUCCCAGUCCGACGGCUCCUGCCACGGCGAUCUCGGCGACCAGGACCCCGAAGCUCAGCUCGCCGCUGGUAUCAUCCGUCUUCGAGAGCAGCGCAAAGCUUCACCCUCCAAGUCCCACCGCCGCACUCGUCCAAACCCCCGCCCCUCGCCUGCCUACAAGCAGCAGCAGCUCAAUGUUUCCCAGGAUCUCGAAUCGGAUGAUGCGCAGUCCAUCGUCAUUCGAAACCAUGCCAGCAACUUUGUCCUCCGUCUAGCAGAAAUGCUCUUGGAUUUUGGCUCUUCCGCUCUCGAAAAGCUUCUUGUCUCUGACAACAACGACUCAUUCCAGAAGCCCAGCUCCCAAACACCUCAAUCGCCUUUGCAAACACCGCAAUCGCCUUUGCAACCACGCAACCGAUCAUCCACCACACCACAACAGCUUUCUGCGGAAGCCGGCCAACUACUUGGUCGUCGACGCCAACGCAUUGGCUCUCUUCUCCCGAGCGACUUUGUCUCCGAAUCUGACAGUUCCACCAAGGCUACUUUGACAAGAUCAUGGUCCCUUCCCAAGCUGCUCAGUCUACCUCUCCUCAACCCUUGCGCUUCACUGCGAGCCCUUUCCUCUUCCACUGCAUCUUGGCCAUCGUCUCCCAUCUCGGCGCCUCCCCACUUCCACUCUACUCUCGGCUUCACCAGCACUGCCGAGGCUGCCUCAAAAUACAAAGAGAUCCGCUCCUUUGACGACAUUGGAGCUUCCUUCACUCGCCAAAGUGCUUGCCUCUACACACACUCUUGCAGUGUUGACGAGGUGCUGCCCGAACCUGGCCACGUAUCUCCUCUCUGGAGGCAAUGA